AAAUUUAAAAAAAAAAUCUUAAAACUAAAAUAUAAAUAAAAGAAACUCAAGGAAAAGGAAAACAAAACAAACAUCAUGUGGAUUAGUUGCCAUGCUGUUAUAAUUUUGCUCCUUUUGCAUUCCGAUACUUUGUUGGCGGAAGUCUAUGAGGCACAUUUACGCGGUCCGGGUUUUGUGAUGGAACCGCCGGGUCGUGUUGAAUUUUCAAAUUCCUCUGGCGGCUGGCUAGAUUGCUCAGCCUCGGGCAGUCCUCAGCCGACCAUUGACUGGGUGCAUGCAGACGGUACGGCUGUAACGGAAAUUCAUGGUGUUCGUCGAGUGCUACGCAAUGGUACAUUGGUGCUUUUGCCAUUUCCUGCAGCCGCAUAUCAUCAAGAUGUACACAACACAAUAUACCGUUGUGUUGCCAGCAAUGGUGUUGGCCGCAUUGUAUCCAGAGACGUGCAAGUCAGAGCCGUCGUGGCACAAGCUUAUAAAGUUGAUGUGGAAGUUUUAUCUGCAUCUCGUGGUUGCACAGCCAUUUUACGUUGUGUAGUGCCAACGUUUGUUAAGGAAUUGGUUCGAGUGGUCUCAUGGGUUCAUGAACCUGCUAUCUACAUAUAUCCAUCACUACAAGGCGAUGGUAAAUUUCAUUUAUUACCCACCGGUGAAUUACUUAUUCAUAAUCUACAAGAAAGUGAUGAAUCCCAAUCGUUUCGGUGUCGAAGUAUGCAUCGAUUAACACGUCAAGUUGUUGUUAGUUCACCCACAAGACUGAGAAUAAAUUCUCAUCGUGGUAUCAUCUCACCAAGUGUUGUUGAGCAUACGGCACAUGUGCAAGUGUCACAAGAUGAGGGAGCUGUUUUACUAUGUGUGGCCCAGGGUUGUCCAUCUCCUGAAUAUAGUUGGUACACCCACAAUGGCCCCGGUCCGCUACCCGUUCUAAGUGGUCCUCGCAUACGCCUACUAGGACCCAUAUUGGCCAUAGAGGCAGUGACCGGUGAAGAUUCCGGUGUCUACAAAUGUACAGCGAGUAAUGUGGGUGGAGAGGCAAGCGCCGAGCUGCGACUCUCUGUGGCCACACCCAUACAAGUGGAGGUACAACCAAAUGUUCUUAGUGUUCAUAUGGGUGGUACGGCAGAGUUUCGCUGUAUGGUCACCAGUAAUGGCAGUCCGGUGGGUAUGCAAAAUAUAUUGUGGUACAAGGAUGGACGUCAAUUGCCAUCAUCUGGUCGCAUAGAAGACACUUUAAUUGUGCCACGAGUAAGUCGUGAGAAUCGUGGUAUGUAUCAGUGUGUUGUGCGACGGCCAGAAGGAGAUACAUUUCAGGCAACAGCAGAAUUGCAAUUAGGAGAUGCCCCACCAGUUCUGCUUUAUAGUUUUAUUGAACAAACUUUACAGCCUGGUCCUGCUGUAAGUUUAAAAUGUUCAGCAGCCGGAAAUCCAACACCACAAAUUUCAUGGACACUGGACGGAUUUCCACUACCAUCGAACGGAAGAUUUAUGAUAGGCCAGUAUAUCACAGUACACGGUGAUGUAAUCAGUCAUGUUAAUAUCACUCAUGUGAUGGUAGAGGAUGGUGGCGAGUAUGCUUGUAUAGCUGAAAAUCGAGCAGGCAGAGUGCAACAUGCGGCACGUUUAAAUAUUUAUGGUCUUCCUUAUAUACGCAUAAUUCCUAAAGUAACAGCAGUCUCAGGUGAAACUUUAAAUUUAAAAUGUCCCGUGGCCGGCUAUCCCAUCGAAGAAAUUCACUGGGAACGUGGCGGCCGUGAAUUGCCCGAUGAUAUAAGACAAAGAGUGCAACCAGAUGGCUCAUUGACAAUAACGCCCGUGCAAAAAAGCACAGACUCAGGAGUUUAUACAUGUUGGGCGCGCAACAAGCAGGGUCACAGUGCUCGCAGGAGUGGCGAAGUAACAGUUAUUGUCCCCCCAAUUAUAGAACCAUUUGCCUUUCAAGAUGGUUUAGCCGAAGGUAUGCGCACCCGCACCGUUUGUGGUGUAUCAAGUGGUGAUGCUCCUCUCAAAUUGUGGUGGCUCAAAGAUGGUGAAACAUUGCCAGAUCUACUGGGUGCCAAUGUUACCAUGUUAGAUCAAUAUUCCUCACUAUUAAGCAUACCUUCGCUGUCGGCCUCACAUUCGGGCGAAUAUACUUGUGUGGCCAAAAAUCCAGCAGCUGAAAUAAAAUAUACGGCCACAUUACAGGUCAAAGUGCCGCCACGUUGGAUUGUUGAGCCCAGCGAUGCCAGUGUUGAACGCAAUCGUCACAUAAUGCUGCACUGUCAGGCACAAGGUGUACCCACGCCCAGCAUAGUGUGGAAAAAGGCCACGGGCAGCAAAUCAGGUGAAUAUGAAGAGGUGCGUGAAAGACCAUUUACAAAAUUACUAUCGAAUGGUUCAUUACUGUUGCAACAUGUCAAAGAGGAUCGUGAAGGUUUUUAUUUGUGUCAAGCCAACAAUGGCAUUGGUACUGGUAUCGGUAAAGUGAUUCAGCUGAAAGUUAAUUCAUCGCCCUAUUUCCAAUCGACAUCACGUUCGGUGACGGUAAAAAAAGGUGAUACAGCGAUAUUGCAGUGCAGAGUAAGCGGUGACAAACCGAUUAAUAUCGUAUGGAUGCGUUCGGGCAAAAAUACAUUAAAUCCAUCGACAAAUUACAAAAUUUCAGUGAAGCAAGAAGCAACACCCGAUGGUGUAUCAGCAGAAUUACAAAUACGUUUAGUGGAUUCCACAGAUAGUGGUCCGUAUUUUUGUCGUGCCAGCAAUUUGUAUGGCAAUGAUCAGCAAUUGGUGCAGUUGCAAGUACAAGAGCCACCACAGCCACCAUCCGUAUUAGAAGCAGCAAUGAUAUCAAGUCGUUCGGUGAAUUUGAAGUGGCAGCCAAAAACACAAAAUUCAGGAGAUGUAUCAAAGUACAUAGUGGAAUACAAGGAAAUGGAUGCUGCUAUCUUUAUAGACCAAUGGCAACACAUAGAGGUUAAAGAUCCUCCCAGCUAUAAUGCUCUGAUAGAGAAUCUUAAGCCAGCCACUCGUUAUGCAUUUCGUGUUAUUGCAGAGGGAACAGCUGGUCGCAGUGCUCCUAGCCAGGAAUUGGUUAUACGUACUGAACCUCAAAGGCCGGCGGGACCACCUUUAAGUCUCUCUGUACGUCCUUUGUCUUCUACAGAGCUUUUAGUUAGUUGGGUGGCGCCUUUGGCUGAACUAAGGCAUGGUGAUAUUCAGGGCUAUAAUGUAGGCUAUAAACUGGCUAGUACGGGCAAUACGGCCUAUAAUUUUACCUCAGUAUCGGGUGAUGGCGAGGGAGGCAGUGGUGAAUUGUUGCUAACGGGCUUACAGAGAUUCGCCCGUUAUAAUGUGGUGGUGCAGGCUUUUAAUCAAGUAGGUCCGGGACCUUUAUCAGAGCCGGCUUCCGCUCAAACUAUGGAAGAUGUUCCUAGUAGAUCUCCAGAAGAUAUACGUUGCGCUGCUUUAACCUCACAAUCUCUACAGGUUUCCUGGCAGCCACCUCCCAUUCAUCAUACGAAUGGCAUUUUACAAGGCUACAAACUCAUAUUUGAACCCAUAUUAGAUGAUUAUUCACCCAACAAAGAUGAAGUGGAAUCACGUAAAACCACUGCCUUGACCACAGUCCUUACAGGUCUACGUAAGUAUGCCAACUACAGCAUACAAGUAUUGGCCCAUACACGCAUGGGCGAUGGCGUUUUAUCCAACCCUGUUUACUGCCACACCGAAGAAGAUGCCCCAGAAGCACCCGCCGACAUUAAAGUGGUAGUAAGUUCACCACAAUCUUUAUACGUUUCAUGGCUACCACCCACCGAACCCAAUGGAGUCAUCACUAAAUAUAAUCUGUACACUAGAGUGGUUAAUGGCCGUGAAGAGUUAAACAAUGAGAAGAGAAGUUUGCCCUCCCAGCAGGCUUAUUAUGAGGCCAAAAAUUUACAUCCUCACAUAGAGUAUCAGUUUUGGGUAACUGCUUCUACUCGUGUGGGCGAGGGUAAAAGUUCCCGAGUAGCUUCCCAAAUUACCACAAAUCGUGUGCCAGCACGCAUAGUAUCCUUUGGUGGGCCCACGGUUAGACCUUGGCGUUCCACAGUAACACUGUCCUGUACGGCGGUGGGAAAACCAAAACGCGAAUGGUUUAAAGCAGAUAUGCCCAUUAGACAAGGAGGGUUACAUAACACCCAACUGCUAGAUUCAGGGGAUUUAAUUAUUUCUAGUCUACAGGUAUCCGACAGCGGCAACUACAGCUGUCAAGUUGACAAUGGCAUUGGCACUGAUCGCCUCACACAUAUACUGCUCGUGCAAGUACCACCCUCAGCACCUGUUCUGUAUGUGACCAGUGCAACAACUAGCAGCAUUCUAAUGCACUGGAAAUGUGGCUUCACGGGCAAUGCACCCAUCACCAGCUACACCUUGUAUUAUCGUCGAGCCAGUGGUAAUAUUGAGGAAAUGCUUUUGUCACGCCAUGCUUCGAGCCAUGAGCUAAAGGGUUUAGUUUGUGGCAGCACCUAUCAGAUACACUUGACGGCUCAUAAUAAAGUGGGAACCUCACCGACUAGCAUAACACUACAUGUUAGAACUCAGGGACAAUCGCCGGGUGUGCCUUCGACCACAACAUUAAUUGCUCCUAAUUCGACUUCGGUAACGAUAAGACUGCACACAUGGCCUGAUAAUGGCUGUCCUAUGUUAUAUUUUGUUUUACAAUAUCGCUCGGUUACCGAUGGACCAGAACACGAUUGGGUUUUGGUGUCAAAUGCCCUUAAACCACAACGACGUUUUACAAUAUCUGGUUUACAGCCAUCCACACUCUAUCAAUUGCGCAUGGAAGCACACAAUGUGGCUGGUGUGUCGCAGGCUGAAUUUACGUUUGUCACACUCACCAAAGAGGGUGAUCCCCCGCCGCCAGAGAUUGUGCAACGCGGACAACGUGGAUCGAAUGUAUUUUAUGGAAAUGUUAACCUAUUAAUACCCAGCAUUGCCACCGUAUCGGGAAUGAUUUGUACGAUUGCAUUGGUUUUUAUGUGCUACAGACACAAACAAGCUGGACGCAUACAAAAGGAAUCUCUGGAAAAUCGUCAAAAUUCAGAAGCGGCACAACGUGAGCGCUAUUAUGCCACCAUACAUAAAGUUUCCUUGCAGAAUAAUGAUAAAAUACCAGAAACCUCAGAGGAUAUUUCACCAUAUGCUACGUUUCAGCUAUCAGAAAGUGGAAAUAUGUCUCAACCGCAUCAUGCUGGUCCAGCCAAUACACUGCUGCAUUCAUUUAUGUAUCACGAACGUGCUUUAACGGAGGGUUGCUCAUCGACACCACCUGCUGCGUCUUCUAAAAAUCGCCGCCGUCAUUCCCGCAAAACAGAGCCAGAAAGUGAAGAGUCCGAAUCGGAUCAGGACCAACUGACUUCGAGUCGUACGGAGUCAUCUAAUCAGCAUGAGGGGAAAAUGAAGCACAGUUUCAUCUACCAUGGAGCACAAUCAAGCACAUCCUCUGAUCUAUCACCAAUGUCCGAACAAAAAUCAUUGCCACGUCGCGGUCGUUCAAGGCCUGGAGGUGCUAUACGCACCCUGCAUCCAUUGCAGCUACAAGCUGAAUGCAAUGUAAUUUCCAAUAGUGGAUUCCAUCAAAUACCCGUUGAAGUAGCUAUACCGGCGGAACGUGCUGAAGUUGCACAGGUUGAAUGUGAUGUGGAAACGUUGAAGAAAUUAAAAUUAGGUCUGAGAUCAACACUCUGGUCACGUCCGGCCUCCACAACAUCACAUUUGUUAAGACAGCAACAGCAGCAACAGCAAAGACCACAAGAGGCUCGUCCAAUUUCACAGCCACAGUUACAGCAACUGCAGCAGCAGCCACAACAAGUUGUACAUAAAAACCAACAACAACAACAACAGCAACAACCAUCAUCAAAAUCACCAUCGCCCUCGUCAGCUACAACAGCAACAACAACACAAAAACAACAACAGCAAGCACGACAACAUUCACCAGCACCCACACAAAAACUUCUAACUGAAAAAUCCGAUUAUUCCAUAUCGGUGUGAGACAGUGACAACAACAAAUACUAAUACCCCUUUUGUUGUUGUUAAAAAUCUAGAAAGACAUGAAACGAAUAAA